AUGUCGUCGGCGGCGUCCUGGCCGGCUAGGCCAAUUACGGCUUGCCUCGCCAGGCACAUGAGAAGGCAGGAGGGGGAAGAUCCGACGAGGACACCAGCAAAUAUAGAAUGUCGAGACCCAAGGGUGGUCUUUGCCUUUCUCUAUUGGUUGGGCCAUUGGGCCUCUCCGGCGUUCGCUCGCAAUUCAAUGUGUCCAUCAAAAAACGAAAAACAGGGGAGCGCCCACAGAAUCCCUCUAUUCCUUCUCCCUUCUCUCCCCUCAAGUACUACAUUCAUCUGUUCCAAGCCACCCACGUGUCCAGAGUUGAGUUCAGUUCAGGGG